UCAGAACGUUCAGCUCGCCGCCGGCGCUCAGUCUACGCGCGCCUUACCUGCGCGCUUACACGCGAACGAAAGUGAAAUCGACUACAAUGAUAGCAAUACUCGCGGCUUGCUUGUUCUCUGUAGCGGUUGCUAUUCCAAACGAUCAAAUUGAAAAGUAUGAAAAUAAAGUGAGAACUUACCAACUGGAUGUUCCUGGAAGCAACCCUAUUACGAUAAUUGAAACUGGGGGAGGGGACGAUUUGCCGGGAAAAUGGGAUCCAAUAGCAAAAAGUGAUGAUGAUCUGGUUAUUAAAAAUCUAAUGACUCAUGUCGUACAUGAUGUAGACGGAAAUCGACCUCGGUGUUAUGGACCUUCUUGCCAAGAGGGGUUCGUAGAGGAUGAAGGUCCACAGGAGUUUGAGGAGAAGUUAAAAGAGUUUGGCGAUUUUUCCAACGAACGCCUCCAGGCAAUAGCCGCUUUAGCGGCUAAGCUAAAAAAACAGAAAACCAAAGAUAGAUUCUCAAAUAUAAAUGGCGAAGAAGCGGACAGUGAUAAUAAUGGGCAGGUAUUUACUUCCUGGAAUAGGUUGAAAGUGAAACAACAUAAACAUCCAUACGACGACAAAGAUGGAUGGGUGACAUUAGAGCCCAUAGCAUGGUCUUCAAGUAAAAUUUCUAAAUGGAAACCCAACGUCAAAAAGCAGAAACCAACCUAUUGGAAUGAUGAUGAAGAUACGAAAUAUUCAUCAGACGAUAAUUAUUCAAGUUACCAGGAUUCAGAGAGUGACAGCAGUAAAUAUACCUAUAAUUAUGCUCAGAAGAAACCUACUUUGAGUCGCCCCGGGUUUAUAAAUAAUAAAUUACACAUACCACCCGAAUAUGAUAUGGAGGUUCCAUCUAAACCUACAUGGAACAAGAAAAGGCCGACAAUACAGCACUCUAUGGAUAGCCCUCAAAUGACAAUGCUCAAUUUACAAUCAUCAUGGUCUCCAGACGAUAGUAGACAUCCUAACAAACCUAAUUGCGACAAAGACAUUCAUCAUAACGACGAUAACUCUUACUAUGGAUCAUCAGAUUCAGUAAUAACCGAUUCUCGACCGUCUAAUUUCCCUUAUAACUACGAAGCUCUUCAUCAAUCUUCUAUGCAAAGACGUCCAAUGCGUCGCCCUACGCAAGUGAUAUAUGCAGAUGAACCAGAUGAAGAACGACUUUCAAGACCUCCAUAUGGCGAUGGACAAUGGGUUCUCUUAUCUACUACUAAGGGAUAUAGAAACAAGAAACGCCACCGAGCUCUUGAUUUAUCUGAAGAGAACAUGGUACCAACAAUAACAUCUCACCAAUCUGUCUCCUUGACAGUUUUGCCAUCUGAUGACGCUCACACAAAUAUGACAACUUCACACGGCGGCCUACUAGAGGUGGAGAAGAGUUUUCAAACAGUAGAAGAAUCUAAGCGUGAUAUGGAUAAGAAGUAUGAUUUACAGACGGAGACAUCAGAUGAGAGACCUGUUAAAAAGAAAGUAUUAAAAAAGAAAGUUCUAACAACAAGUUCCCCAGAUAGUGCGACAGUUCUAGCUGCGGUAGGCGCUGGUAUGCUCCCAGCAACAAUGGCUAUGGUUGUUCCAAUGAUGUUAGGAAAGAAACGACGAAGACGGGAUAUUUACGGUCCCCAAUUAUACCAACUACAACCAAAUGAGUAGAAUUUGUAAGUUCCAAAAAUGCGUGACUGUGAUUGUAAAACUGUGUGUAUGUUCACAAUUAUUUAUUAUGUAGUUAAGUACUUAUAUUUAAGGUAAAUAAAACGAAUAUUAUGAAAGUUAA